AUGGCACAGGUUCGAUUGAAAUCACGUGGUACAACCCUCCCGGACGAGACCCCUGCUGGUAACGACCCCAACGAUGAUACUGCCAAAUCAGAUGAUUCCGAAUACUUCGAUCCCCACAAUUCCAAAGGCGACGAUCCCAAUGACGCUGACGAUCCCAAUGACGCUGACAAUCCUAACAUUGCAUCUGGAGAAGACGAGCUGUCCGCCGCAAAGAAGAAAUCAAACCCAAAAAAAUGGUUCUUACCCGACAUGAACGAAAAAUACACAACAUACAUCGAUCAUGGUUGUAUCCUUGACAAGCAAGGAUAUCCUCUGUAUCCAAACGGCAACACUACGUUUUUGCGACUUCCCGAGGACGACAUCACAAACUUUGGAAUGGUUGGAUACUCAAGAACUUCUUCAUCCAACCGCCGAGGCAGGAACAAUUGCUGGAAAGUCACCCGUUAUUUUUGCCUUGGCGCUAUGACUUGCGACAACCCGGAUUGCAACUGGGCCGGUGCCCCAUCCACCAAUAAACAAAAGCUUGAAGAGCUCAAUCAGAAGAAGAUGCCCAUGAAGUGCCCCGGUUUCUCUGGAAAUUGCUUAGGAAAUGUUUCACACAGCAAGUGCAAUCUUGCCCAGGUAAGAUUUGACGAACAUGCAUCGGGUUGGGGUCUUCUCAGGCACAGCGGUGACCAUUCGCAUCCGUGGCCCGAGGCUAAGAAGCCAGACCCCCUUUCGCAACUGGAGCUUGCUCGAGAGAUUCAAAAGAACCCACAAGCGGGGGCUUUCAAGCUGAAGCUACGGAAAGGGGUCGACCCCAAUGCACCAUCUCAGUCAGUUGUCACCAUCCACCCGGCAUAUGGACACAAAGACCGAACAGCGUACCACAGGCGAAAGAUGUUGGUGGCCUCGGGAUUAAAGCCAGAUGAACUCGGGGGCGGGAUCGGUGAUAAGUUCAUUUUGGACAUGUUUGCAUGGGCCGCGCAGGGUCUCUUGGUCAUAUUGUCAUCGUUUCUGCCGAACUCAGAGCAUUUCACAUUUCAGACGCCUUGGAUGGCCGAUCGUUUGUUGGCUCGAGACAAGAACAAUGCCCUUUACUCUGGCGGAUUUCUCUCAGAUGUUACGUACCGCUCAUUUGCAAACGGGUACCUUCUAACUACGUCCAUGUAUUGUGAAGAACUGGGACGUUGGAUACCAGUACAAUUCACAUGGUUGCGAGGCUUGAGCGAGGAGUAUUACAAAAUACAUUUCACAACUUUCUUCCGACAGUUUUUCAAUCGAUCGAUGACUCACCUCGAACGGGAUGCCCUGGCAUGCCAGGUGGUGGAUUUCUCCGCGGCCCAAGCUAAAGGAUUUGUUUCUGCGUACAUCGAGGAACCAUUUCGGCAAGCUUGCCUUGCUCUGAUGGACUUGGAGGAACCCGAUGGACCUACACAUGAAGAAAAGGUCGAUGAGCUCUACCGUCGAUACCCAAAGGUCAAGAAAUGGUUGGACUGGUGGACCCAUGCUGAUGUUGAGGGAAUGAUAUUUUGUCGAAGACGCGACAAACUCCCUGACACUACUAAUGCACAAGAGAGUAUGCAUCGUCUAUACUACAAGAUCACCGAGGGGAAAGUUUGUCUCUAUGUUGGAAUGGUCGAGCUUUUCUCCUUUGUGAAAACGCUUGAAGAGGACUGGACGGCCGUAAUGAAAGGAGUUGCAAUCUCGUACGGAUCACAAAAGGUCAAGGAUGUUGGGGUGUCAAUGGGGUUCCCCGCAAAACGCAAGAGAAAGCACGAGUCAGCAAACGACGGUCGGGCACCAGAUACAGUGGCGCAACCCAUGUUACUGUACACAACUGCCACCAAAAGUUGCUUCGGGCCCGCGAGCCCAAUGUUCAUUGGCAGUUGGGGUCUAUCACCCACUUUUAAUAUAGAUUUGGGCUUCUUGGGUGUUGUAGUUUCUCCAGUUAAAAGGAAUAAGCCCCCAACUCAAUAA